AUGACAAUUGCUGCUGUCAUUAAUACAACAAUUGUUCAUCCAUAUCAAAAUAAUUUUUAUUUAAAUUCACAUAAUGCAUAUCAAUGUGUUAAUCAUCCAUCACUUUAUCAUGUGCUUUUGGAUGAAAUUGGUUUCACAGCUGAUGAGUUGCAAUUAUUAGCAUAUCAUUUAUGUUUUACAGAUCCUCGAUCAUUAGCUGCUGAAGCGAUUCCAUCAGUUGUACAUCAAGCUGAUAUAGUAGCAUUAAAAGCUCGAGAUGUGUUUUAUGAUGAUGAACGUUCAUCAGCAACAAGUAUCGAUGGACGUAGUCAACCCUUACGUAAUCCAACUCUUGAUGAUGUGGAUUAUAAGAUUCUUGAUGUUCAUGAGAAUCUUAAAAAUCGACCAAUAUUUGGUUAA